GUUACUUAUUUUAGUUUGUAUUUAUGUUUGUGUGGCAGCCAACCGACAGCCGUUCAAAGUGCGCAGUUGCCCUUGAAAUCGUCAUAGCAACGGACAAAUAACAAAUGUAGUUAGCUUUCAAUUAUAGCUUUUGGUAAAUGGCACACUGGGCAAAAACAAAAGCAUAAACCCAAAAAGAGCAUCGCUUGGCAUUUUUUCACACAACAUUCCUCCCAAAAUUCAAAGUGCAUAUAACAACAAUUUCUUACACAUGGAUAUGGAUAACGCAAGAUGGGCAAUGGAUGUGCUGCGUGCCGCUGCAGAACAGAAUGAGGACAGAUUAAGGUUGGAUAGCAACACACCCAAUGUCGCCAAUCCCUACCAGCUGCCUGUGCCGCCCGAAUACGUGUCGCAGUUCCGCAUCGAUGGUCAACCCAUAUUACCGCCACUGAUGACGGCGGAAAAGCGACGCCAAAUGCAACAGCUGCGACAACAAGCUAUGGCGCUAGAGGCCAAAUACAGGCAGCCGCAUGCCAUCAGAUCAACAUCAACGCUAGACGAGGAACAAGCAGACAGCAGUAGCAGCAGCAACACCAGCAAAAGCAGCAACAACAGCAGUAUCACGAAUAGCACAAUUAACAGCAUGCAGCGACUGCCACAACUGCAGCAAACGGAAACGUUUAUUUAUGACAGCACUCGGCAGCAGCAGCAGCAACAGCAGCUGCAGCAGAAGGAUGUGCAUCAGGAGGAGGAGCUUAGCAGCUCAGCAGGACACAAUCGACCCCAGACUCUCAAUAUUGAGCCAAAGAAGCACGCGGCAUUAGCUGGUGUUACGAUACCUGCGAUACCUACGAUAUGCGUAAAUCCGCCAACACCACUGCAGCCAUCGACGAAGCCACCAUGCAUGUCAACACCAACUAUGGCCACAAGUUCAACGACAUCGUCCAUUGCGCUGAGCGCAAUGCGACAACGCAAAUUGAACAAUAUAAGCGGUCGCAUUCGGCAGUUUGAGCGCACUGGCCUAGGCAGACGGAUGGAGCUACUGCAGCCGGAAUCGACCCAUUUGCUUUGGCAGAACGAGACGCUGAUUGGACCAGCCGACAAGCGAAUGAUGCGCUCCAGCACCAGUCCAGCACUGAGCGCUUCCCAAGUGGACGUGCAGCAAUUGCAUCGAUCGCGUUCCUUCACGCUGGAGCAGCCAUCACAGGCGCUCAUCGAGCACAUGCAGCGCGAGGGCAAAAGACCGCCAACACCUCCAGCAGUGCCACCACCAGUGCCACCAUUACCAGCUCAAUUAUCGACGCGUUGCCGCUUCGCACUGCCAGCAACGUGCAACGGCAACGGCUCGGGAUGUUCAUCAACGCUGGGUUUGGAGCAUUUGCGUCGAGAUACCGUCGAGUCGCGGGCCAAGCAGGUGCAACGCAACACUUCCAGAUCCCCAGUAACACCUUCAAAGGGCGGUAGGCGGCGUGGCGGCAGUAGCAACAGCACAACGGCUCGACUUCAGCAUCAGCAACAGCAACUGGAGGAUCUGUUGCAGCGUGCGCUGCACGAGACAACCGAUUGUUUGGCGGGACAGGAGCAGGUCGAACGCAACAGGUUGGCGCUGGCAAAGCGCCAAAUGUUCAAAGAUAUCAAGACGGCGCAUCGGGAUCGCUUCCAGCAACUGGUGCAGUAUCAGCACGAGGAGCAGCGUCGCAUGCAGGAGGAGUUCGAUCGCCAGCAAAAGUUUCUCAUUGAACAGAUCUGCACCGAAAUCAAUGUGUCUGCCUAUGCGCACGAGCCGCUAACUGAUGCGGCCAGUCCCAGCGCCAUUUCCGAGUAUACCAGCACCGAUGAUUUGCCAACGCCAACGGCAACAUAUCAGUCCUCGGCGAACAACACGAUUGCGCUCGAUUCGCUCGAGAUAACGCCACUCAGUUCGGAGUUCCUUAGCCAGGAGCAAUCGAAGCAUAUGGUACGCAAGCGUCUCUUCGACAUGGAUAAUGAUUCCGAGGGUCAGGGAAUAGAGUUGAUGUCGCUACCUCUGCCUCUGCCUCUGCAGAGUGCUUCCAGUUCACCCAAAUCCCGCUCACUGCGCAGCAACAACAGCAAAAUCAAAAAGCCCGUACAGCGCAGCCAAUCGAAGAAGGUCAGCAGUCCACUGCUGUUGUCCAAGUCGCCGACGCCAGUGCAAAGAGCUAGCAAAACUAUCAGCAAAAACGGCAACAACAACAACAACAACAGCAGCAGCAUCAACAACAAGACGACAACAUUGACAUCACAGACGAAGCCGACCAGCAAAAACAAUACACGCAGCAGCCCGCAACAACAGCAAUCGUUGCAAUUGGCCAAGACUCGACGCAGUGUAUCCCCGAGCCGUCUAACUCAGUCAGAGAUGCAGCGACGCCAUGAAGCUGCCACGCUGUUAAAUGCUGCCACACGUGGCUUCCUCGUGCGUCGACUCUUUCGUACGGAGCAAGUGCAGCGGAUUGUACAAACCAUACGCGAUACACUCAUCUUUGUGCUCAAUCUGCAUCUGGAGACGUAUGGCAGCAGUCUUGAGCAGGAGGAGCCGGCCAAUAUACGACUCAAGGCACGCCUGUUACAACAGUUGUGCUCAGCCAGCCGUACUCUGCACCUGAUCUUCUUCCAAACGAGCAUAAAGGAGCGCAUGGAGAUAAUUGCGCGGGACCGCAAACGUAUCAAAAUAAAGCUUUUGGCCACGCAUAUCAAGCAGCGCUCAUAGAUAAAUAAUCCUCGAAAAUCAGCCACCUCCCAAUCUAUUCCAAGUUCACGCAUCAACUGGGAUCACGUCUGCUACCCGGUAGAUGUUUUAAUUCGAGUAUAGAAUAAAGACUUGAUACACACUAAUUCAGAUAUAUAGUUAUCGUUACCAAAUCAUUUCAUUUUCAAUUUUAAAAUCCUUCUUGAUUAAUUAUUCAUACUGAAAUAUAAAUAUAUACUAUAAAGUUCGAUAUAAUCGUAAGCAACGCAGAUGUAUUCUUUUCAAGUGUUUUU